CCCCUGUUCUCCCUUUUCUCCCUUUUUCUCCUUUACGCUUUUCGCAAUGCGGCGUCGAUCGUCUGCCAUUGCGCUGAUUCCCAUCCUACUGGUGGUGCUCUCUUGCUUUGAGCGAGCAGCUGCCCAGUCCGCCUGCACCAUGUGCCAGUGCCAGGCGGGAAACGUUGUGUUUUGCUAUGGCGUUUCCGCGGUUCCCAGCGACUUCCCGAUCGACACGACUUACAUCUUUUUCUCCGUUUCGCCGCUGACGAGUGUUCCCUCCAAUGCGUUUGAUGGCCUGAACCAGUUGACGAGACUGACAUUUUUGCAGACCGGACUCACUGCGAUUCCAUUCAAUGCGAUAAGCUCGAUUACCACCCUUCAGAGUUUGACCUUUUCUCCGGCAACGUAUCUGGCCGCUGAUCUCACCGGCAACCAAUUUACUGGGUUCCCGAGUCUUACCUAUUUAGAUCUGAAAAACGUCGAGUUUUCGAAUUUUGCCGCCAACGCCUUCAAUGGCCUGUCGCAAUUAACGUCCUUAUCCUUGACAAUGACUGGCACUGCCACUGCUACUGCCACCUCCUUUCCCGUCUUUUCGGCUCUCACAUAUUUCUACCUGGAUACUCCUGCAGUCGGGUCUUCUGCUUCAACUGAGCUCUUUGCAAAGAUGCCAGCCUUGUCAACUCUAUACAUGGCACAAACUCGCGUGACAUCGCUCGCGCCCAACGCAUUUGCAGGCCUGAGCAAUUUGACAACUCUCGCUCUAUGGGGCACUGGCAUCACGAGUUUUCCUGACCACGCAUUUGCCCAACUUUCGUCCCUCCAAAGCUUGUCGCUUCAUUCUGUACCCGUUACAACGAUUGCUGCCUCAGCGUUCAGUGGGUUGACCAGCCUGACCUCGCUCACGCUGGACGUCCACCUAUUGACAAGCCUACCAACUAAUGUAUUUCAAGACUUGACCUCGCUGCGGGACCUAGACAUGAGCAGAGGGCCCUACGGCGUAGGCAUAUGUUUCACUGGAGUAUUCCAGUCGCUCACCGAACUGAGCACUCUGCACAUGAAUUGGGGGGAGCCUUGUGCGCUACACACUCACGCCUUCACCGGCCUCUCUGCUCUUGAGACGCUGAAUUUGUACGGUCCCGUGGACAGCAUCGCAGACAACGUGUUUGAGCCAUUGCCAUCCUUGAAGUCAUUAAAUUUGAUUGUGCUUCCGAAUCUCACCCUUGCUUCCAACGCGUACUCUGGGCUCCAGGAGUUGCCAACGUUAUCUCUGAAGCUGACGCAGCUCAACGCUCCGAUUUUUGAAAUGUUCUCGGCUCUUCAUGCGCUAACCACACUAGACUUGAGCGCAUCGCAAUUUUCCGUCCUUCCCAGUCAUGCUUUCGCCGCACUCCCGCAGCUGACAAACUUAUACCUGGGCAACGGAGCUUGGGACCCGGUAAUUUCAAGCGUUGCAUCCGAUGCAUUCUCAGAUCUUUUGCAACUGGAAUUCCUGUCGAUGGGUGGAAACUACGAAACCUUGACAACCCUCCCUCCCGGCUUGUUCUAUGGGCUCACAAAACUGCGUACAGCGGAUCUGAGUGGUAACGCGUUUCCCGGUCCAAGCGCCCCGCCGAGCACCUAUGGCAGCCCCAGUAAUCCAACUCCGUGCAACGCAUCAUGCGUGACCUGCUUUGCCGCUGGAGCCGAGUCGUGUUGCAGCGCCAACUGUUUGACGUGCACUUCAACCAGCGUGUGCACCGCAUGCUACAAUGGGUUUGUGCUGGCGAAUGGCCGGUGCUGGGCUCCGACGGAUGCGUGUGCCGUUUGUACCUGCACUGGCACGGAUGUCCAGCUUUGCAGCAGCUCGCUGACCGCCAUUCCGACGAACAUCCCCGUCACUACGACCUACUUAAACCUCUGGGAGACCAAAAUUUCGAGUUUGUCAAGCAAUGCUUUUGCUGGACUGACGGCGCUGACAAGUCUGUACGUACCUUACACCGCCGAUUCACCUCUACGCAACAUCGAGAGCAAUGCAUUCUCGGGUUUGCCGAGUCUCCGUACCUUGUACAUUUCUUAUCAACCGAAUGCUACUGUGGCGGCAAGCGCUUUCGCUGGUCUCGAGCUCGUGAGAGAGGUUGGUCUGCAAGUGCCUCAGCUCAACCACAUUUCGAGUCAACUCUUUGCGUCGCUGCCAGGGGUCACCGCGCUGAUUACCGUUGACAGUAUGCUCUCUGUGAUUCCCGCGAACGCUUUCGUCGGCCUUACGAAUGUUCAACACUUGAUUGUGACUGACAUUGCUGGCUCGCCGAUGGUGACCAGCGUUUCCAGUCGCGCUUUCGCCGGACUUGUGAACGUUCAAUCAAUCACUCUCGCCGACAAUCCUGGUCUGACAACCCUGCCGCCGGGCCUCUUCCAAGGCCUGACUUCUCUGCAGUCUCCAAGCAACUCCUUGAGGGGCAACGGGUUUGCCGGUCCAAACGCCCCACCGAGCACAUAUGGCGACUAUUUGGCUCCAAUUCCGUGCAACGCAUCAUGCGCGACCUGCUUUGCCGCCGGAGCCGAGUCGUGUUGCAGCGCCAACUGCUUGACGUGCACCUCGGCAACCAACUGCACGGCAUGCUACGGUGGCCGGAUUUUGCAGCAGGGUGUUUGCAUCAGUCCCGCCAACGACUCAGCCAGUACUUCUCCGCUUCCUGUUAUUGUCGGUGCGACUAUUGGAGGAAUCGUUGCCGUGUUUGCGCUGCUAUUGCUGCUGGUCGUGCUCCGCCGCCGCCGUUCACAUAAGCCGGGCCAACCGCAGCAGGUUCACAACGUUGUCGCGACUGUGGGCAGCCGCAACUCUGUUUUCAGAUCAUCCAAGAAAGCUGAAGCAGAGGGACAUGGCACCAACGCGUACGAAGCAGCAAUGGCGCAUGAUUCCAACACUCACAAUCCUUUGUACGAGGCGCUUUCCGACCAUCCCGAAUCGUUUUAUGCAUCGACCGAUAUGUACGCAAGUGUUAGCCCCACGUACAUGAAUGCUGGAGCCACAGCCCAGUCCACGCCAAACCAGGAGCUUCACUAUGUUGGGCCGGAUCUUGCCACUGGUUCGACUCGUCCGGAGCUUGCCGCCUCUACGAGCAAUUAUGCAGUGAUUGCAGGGACUGCUUCCUCCGAUCCGACGUACGCCAAUCUUCAUUGAGCCUCCUGUACUUUGGCGUUGUCUCUGGUGCUUUCAGCGCGAGCUGCGACGAGUUUUCUGUGCCUUGCCCGAGAUUCUAGGACAUUCCACAAGGUGUUUUUGACAAAGUGUUCUGCUUUUGCGUUUGACUCGAGCGCUUGUAUGUUUGUGUUGGAGUUAUACGACCUUCUUGGUCGUCCGUGUUCGAGUUACGUGGCCUUCAAGGUCGCUGGUGUUCAUUUGAGUUCUUUCAUGU